GCGAGGCCAGGCCGGGCCCGGGCGGCGCCCACCAUGUCGGGCGAGGAGGAGGCGGCCGAGCUGACCAUCGCCGAGGACCUGGUGGUGACCAAGUACAAGAUGGGGGGGGACAUCGCCAACCGGGUCCUGCGCGCAGUGGUUGAAGCAGCUAAAUCUGGAGGGUCUGUUCUCAGCCUGUGUGAGAAAGGGGAUGCCAUGAUCAUGGAAGAGACUGGCAAAAUCUUCAAGAAGGAGAAAGAAAUGAAAAAAGGUAUUGCCUUCCCGACGAGUAUAUCGGUAAAUAACUGUGUCUGUCACUUCUCCCCCUUGAAGAGUGACCAGGAUUAUAUCCUCAAAGACGGAGAUUUGGUCAAGAUUGACCUGGGAGUCCAUGUGGAUGGCUUCAUAGCAAAUGUAGCGCACAGUUUUCUCGUCGAUGCAGCGAAGGAAACCCCGGUGACGGGUCGUAAAGCUGAUGUCAUCAAAGCGGCUCACCUCUGUGCUGAAGCUGCCCUGCGCUUGGUAAAACCCGGAAACCAGAACACACAAGUGACAGACGCCUGGAACAAAAUAGCACACUCGUUUAACUGCACGCCUAUCGAAGGGAUGCUGUCACACCAGCUGAAACAGCACGUGAUUGAUGGAGAGAAAACUAUCAUCCAAAACCCUACAGACCAGCAAAAGAAGGAUCAUGAAAAAGCCGAGUUUGAGGUCCAUGAAGUUUACGCCAUUGACGUGCUUGUCAGCACCGGGGAAGGGAAGGCGAAGGAUGCUGGCCAGAGAACUACCAUUUACAAAAGGGACCCCUCCAAGCAGUACGGCUUGAAAAUGAAAACCUCUCGUGCCUUUUUCAGCGAGGUGGAGAGGCGCUUUGAUACUAUGCCAUUUACUCUCAGGGCGUUUGAGGAUGAGAAGAAGGCUAGGAUGGGGGUGGUGGAAUGCGCCAAACACGAGCUGCUCCAGCCUUUCAAUGUCCUCUAUGAGAAGGAAGGCGAGUUUGUCGCCCAGUUCAAAUUCACAGUGCUUUUAAUGCCCAACGGUCCCAUGAGGAUAACCUGCGGCCCCUUCGAGCCGGAGCGCUACAAAUCCGAGUUUGAGGUUCAGGAUGCAGAACUGAAGGCACUGCUACAAAGCUCCGCCAGCCGGAAGACCCAGAAAAAGAAGAAAAAGAAGGCAUCUAAGAACGCAGAGAACGCCACCACGGGAGAAACAGCAGAAGAGAACGAAGCCGGCGACUGAACGGCUCCAGCUCCCCUCAUGUAGCACCCGAGUCUCUCACACGCUCCCCCCAAAAAACGAGAAACAAAAAUCUAGUGCUGUCUCUUUACACCCCCAAUGACAGACAGCCUGGACUUCCCACUGACAACAGCCAGCUCCAAUUGACUCUGCUCUGAGGGAGGAUUCGCUCAGCAACUUCAGACUGCUUUCAAACAAACAAACAAAAAUAAUAAAACCAGGAGUAAAAACU